AUGGCACCGAAGUGCUCCCCAAACUAUGCCUUAGGGAGCAGCAGCCCUUUGCACGCAGAACGGAAAAGCCACUGCCUGAAGUCUAAACCUGAACAUCAAAGGCUGGAGAGAGGAAGCGCUGGUGGCUCCCCAGAGCCCCCAGGGUGCAGCUCCCCUGCUCCACCAGGGAACCUUUGCCAUAGACCGAGAGUCCUCUUCCUUCCAGGAAGGGGCAAACCCAACCUAGCUGGGGGCCUAUGAGAGGGAGCAGCCCACCUCCUCCCUGGGGGAGUCUCUGACUUGGUGAAGUCUGGGAGGCCCUCUGGGCCCCAGGAUGGACUGUGCAGCACGCGGGAGGAAGGCAGACCAGAGACAGGGCAGAAGGGAGCCAGGAAACACCCAGCUUGUUGUUUCAGACUCUACCUGUUCAUAAAGUCCCCUCCGGAAACUCACUGCCUGCCUCAUACCCAUUUCCUAAAGAGCAAAGCUCCACUCCAUGCAGGGCUCCAUUUUUCUUCGGUAGAAAACCAUUUAAAUCACCAGACCCCAGUUGGCUUCAGGCCCUGGUCCAUGAACUCGAUACCCCUUUCCUGCUGCUCAGACAGACUGAGCAGGGCAGUGAGUCCCUCUCAACAAUGUCCUCUGCAUUCCCUCAGCUCGCAUACACAGGGCGGCCUAUGUGGCUGAGGGGUGUACACGAGCAUGCGCGCGCACACGCACACGCAC